AUGUCGCCCGUUCCCUCGGGCGGCCAGCACUCCCUAGUGAACUCGGCCCGCCUCGCGGCUGCAAGCGACCCACACAUUCAUCCCGCGGUGCAGUCCACGCCUUCAGGCUUUUCCAUCAGCUUCACCUCGGGUGCAUCUCGGCCGCCGCCGCCGCCCCAGGGCCAGCUCGAUGUUCAGUUUGCAGCCAGUCCCGACCAGCCCUCUAUCCUCUCGGGCGAUGGCCAGUCUUCGUUCCUGAGGCCCAUCUCGCCGCUGACCGACGCCGUCGCAGCUCUACGCCAGAAUGAUCCCGCAGCCGCAGGCGAGAGAGCCAUUCCCUUGAAGAGAACUCGGAGCACCAAGGCCUGCGACAUGUGUCGCAAGAAGCGGACCAAAUGCUCUGGCGUGCAGCCCUGCGAGGGCUGCCUCUCCUUCGGAUUCGCUUGCACGUACAACACGCCGCAAAAGAAGCGAGGUCCGCCAAAGCGCGUGCUUGCAAAGAGCACGACGACCAUCAAUGACCGGCUCAAGACGGUCGAGUCCAUCCUCAACAACCUGAUCACCCCAGGUUCCUCCGAGCUCGUAGAGUACUCCAAGGGACACUCCGAGAGCGACGAGGAGUACUGGAACGACCAUGAGGACGAGGACGAGCACGAAGAUAGCGAAUCCAAGGCCCUAGUCACCAAGCGCCUGAAAAUCGGAACGGGUGCGCAGGACGAGGAGCCAAGUGAAUGGGACAACGUCGAUGGCCACAUCGGAGGCGGCUCCUCGUCUCCAUCCUCGUCCUCAUCCAAGGGCGUCACCCGAGUCCAUCGUCUGGAGAACGAGGCCGGAACCAUUGCCCUACUCGAGAAUGUCGAUGCUGGCAUCCUGACGUUUUUUGGACGGACCUCGACCGCCACUUCAAAGUUCUGGAAGCAAAGCCCACGCUUCAACGAGGGCGUCAUGACCAUCUCACUCUCGUUCCAAAGCCGCCCGCCCGAGGCCGAGGCCGAGACCUUCCCGUGCUCACCCGCUCUGGUUGACUUUCUUGUGAAGCAGUACUUUGACCACACACACACCUAUUUUCCGAUGGUGGACAAGCAGACCUUCAUGGAGGACUACAAAUCCGACCAGCAUCCUGACCACUUCUUGUGUCUACUCUACGCCAUCUGCCUGAUCAUGGCCCAGCAGUACAUCACAUUGAAGGAGUGGGGCAUCGACAGCAUCUCCGACUUGCGCAAGCAAUUCUUCAGCCGCGUCCACCAUCUCAUCGGAAAGUGCUUCGACAUGCAGCACAUCAACAUCCUGCACGCCGAGCUCAUCAUGUGUAUGGUUGGAUGGGGCCCCACCGUUAUUGUGAGCAGCUACUUAUAUGCAGGCAUGGCACACCGCAUGGCGGUUGAGCUGGGCAUGCACCGCAAUCUCGAUACAGUCAAGCAUCCACGCUUCGAUUCCAGGACGAGGGAGACCUUCCGGAUCACUUGGUGCUGUCUUUACGUCAUCGACCGUUAUUCCAGUCUCAUCACUGGACGGCCACUGGCCAUCAACGACGACGAAUGGGAUACGCCCCUCCCUGCAGAGGCCGAGGGCACCCCCGAGCUGAUCUUCCACGUUGGUCUGUGCAAAAUCCUGGGCAGAAUCACGAGCUAUCUUAACAAGCCUCUGUCCAAACGCAACAGCCGCAAGCGCGACGCAGAGAUCACGGCGGAUCUCCUUGCGCAGCUCAAGCGCUGGCAUGAGCGACUGCCGGCCCGGCUCAAGUCGGAGCCCGCUGGGCUCUGGUCCAUCCAGCACCAUCUGCACGCCGCCUAUCACACCACAAACAUCCUUGUUCGGCGCAUGACCGCCGGCCACUUUGACUCGUCCUGCGUGAAGAGCGGCCAGGCCAUUGUCGGGCUCUUCAGGGCCCUUCCCAUCAACCGGAUCUCGAACGUCAACAAGGACGGCCAGGCACAGACCUCCUACCGAUUUGUGCACCCGAUCAUCGUGUACUUCAACCUCACGACGGCGACGCUGUUCCUGGAUCUGCUGCUGGCCUCGAUCCCAACCAAGGGCAACAAGCUGGCGCCCAUCGCCUGCGACAAAGUACCCGGCGCCGAGGAACUCAAGACCACACUGGAUAACUUUGUCAAGCUGCGCGAGUACGCCAUGUUCUCGAUCUACUACCGCCAUCUCAUCAUUGAGUGCAUCCGGGAGCACGGCGUGCAUCUCGACGGCAUCACCGACAACCCCAACUCUCUGACCGCUCCAAAGAAGGACGACUCGGGCGAUGCGGAUCCCGUCGCGGGCGACGACUCGGAGCGCGGCAAGUCCAAGCCCCAGACCAAAUCCACCGACCGCCACAGCUCGCCCGAGGUGGUUGGGGCCAGUCGCAUCUACGAGUACUUUUCGGGCUCCGAGGCGAGUCCGGGCAUCCCCAGCCCUCACACCGAAAGUCUGCGCGCCAGGACCCCUGCCUCGGAAGGCGCGUCCUAUGGCGGUGUCCGGGGCCAACCUGCUCCAGCCGCCUCGCCGAUCAGCUCGCCGGGCCACUCGCAAACGCUGGCUCCACAGAUCCAGCCGACCUUGCAGCAGGCCAAGCCCCCGCUGCCGCCCAAACAGUCUCAGAAACAGCAUCGCCAGCAGCAACAGCAACAGCAACAACAGCAACAACUCCCUACAACGCAGCCCGUCCAGCCCUUUGGCCCGUCCAUCCCCCAGGGCUCAGCGUUUUUGCCUCAAGCCGCCGGGUUUCCUGCCGCACCGAUCCAGCUCAUGUCUGCGCCGGACAGCUACCCCGUCUCCAACGCGGCCACGACAAUGUCGGACUCGGCACAAAUCUACUAUCCUGUUUCUGCCCCUGAAACGGUGACUUUCUCGACCGGCAGCAACUCGGCCUUCCAGCCCAACCUUGUCUCGAACCCAUACAUGAUGUCUCAAAUGGACGAAGCAAUGCUCUCGGGGACCACGGCCGGCCCGUCCGCAGGGUUCCUCGCCUCUGUCGUGGGCAUGUCGCCGAACAUGAUGCACAUCGACGACAAAGGCGAUGGCGUGUCUGGUGCCCAGGGCAUGCCGUACUACACCGGCUCGGUGUUCUCGGAGCUCCUCAACCCGUUCAUACCGAGCGCCGCCCAGACCGAGUCCAUGUCGUCUCCAUCAUCCGCAUCCACCUCGUCGCUUCCGCAAACCUUCCAGUCGCUGUAG